CAGCGGCCAGACCCAGGAUAGCUGACCGCGGGUCCUCUUGUCUUCACUGGCCCGGUCGGCCUCCAGAGUAUGGUCUGGCUGGGGUGCCCUUUACUGCUCCCCAUUCUCUUCCUGGCUUCUCAUGUUGGCGCCGCUGCGGACCUGACGCUGCUGGCCGACCUGCGCCUCACCGACCCGCAGCGCUUCUUCCUCACCUGCGUGUCCGGGGAGGCCGCGGCGCGCGGUGCCGACGCCUGGGGCCCGCCGCUGCUGCUGGAGAAGGACGAUCGCAUCGUGCGCACGCCCCGGCCCUGGCACCCGCCGCACCUGGCCCGCAACGGCUCGCAGCGCCUGACGCUGCGCGGCUUCUCGAAGCCCUCGGACCUGGUGGGCGUCUUCUCCUGCGCGGGGGGCGCGGGCGCGCGGCGCACCCGCGUGCUCUACGUGCACAACAGCCCCGGGGCCCACCUGUUCCCGGACAAGGUCACCCACACCGUGAACAAAGGCGACACGGCCGUGCUCUCCGCUCGCGUGCGCAAGGAGAAGCAGACUGAUGUGAUCUGGAAGAGCAACGGAUCCUACUUCUACACCCUGGACUGGCACGAAGCCCAGGACGGACGGUUCCUGCUGCAGCUCCCGGACGUGCAGCCGACGUCCAGCGGCAUCUAUAGUGCCACCUACCUAGAAGCCAGUCCCCUGGACAGCGCCUUCUUUCGGCUCAUCGUGCGGGGCUGUGGGGCCGGGCGCUGGGGUCCAGGCUGCACCAAGGUCUGCCCAGGCUGUCUGCAUGGAGGGGUCUGCCACGACCUGGAUGGCGAGUGUGUGUGCCCCCCUGGAUUCACUGGCACCCGCUGUGAACAGGCCUGCAGAGAGGGCCGUUUUGGCCAGAGCUGCCAGGAGCAGUGUUCGGGCACUUGGGGCUGCCGUGGACUCACCUUCUGCCUCCCGGACCCGUACGGGUGCUCUUGCGGAUCUGGCUGGAGAGGAAGCCAGUGCCAGGAGGCCUGCGCCCCCGGUCACUUUGGGGCCGACUGCCGCCUCCAGUGCCAGUGUCAGAAUGGCGGCACUUGUGACCGCUUCAGUGGCUGCGUCUGCCCCUCGGGGUGGCACGGGGAGCACUGUGAGAAGUCAGAUCGGAUCCCUCAGAUCCUCGACGUGGCCUCAGACCUGGAGUUCAACCUGGGGACGACUCCUCGUGUCCACUGCGCGGCUGCAGGGAACCCCUUCCCCGUGCGGGGCAGUAUGGAGCUGCGCAAGCCAGACGGCACCGUGCUCCUGUCCACCAAAGCCAUUGUGGAGCCAGACAGGACCACUGCUGAAUUUGAGGUGUCCCGGCUGAGUCUUGGGGACAGUGGCCUCUGGGAGUGCCGAGUGUCGACGUCAGGCGGCCAAGACAGCCGACGCUUCAGGGUCAGCGUCAAAGAGCCCCCAGUGCCCCUGACUGCCCCCAGGCUCCUGGCCAGGCAGAGCCGCCAGCUUGUGGUGUCCCCGCUGGUCUCCUUCUCUGGGGAUGGCCCCAUCUCCUCUGUCCGCCUGCACUACCGGCCCCAGGACAGCACCAUGGAUUGGUCUGCCAUCGUGGUGGACCCCAGUGAAAACGUGACAUUAAUGAACCUGAGGCCAAAGACAGGAUACAGUGUCCGUGUGCAGCUGAGCCGGCCAGGGGAAGGGGGCGAGGGAGCCCCAGGCCCGCCCACCCUCAUGACCACAGACUGUCCCGAACCCCAGUUGCAGCCGUGGCUCGAGAGCUGGCUCGUGGAGGGCCCCGACCGCUUGCGAGUGAGCUGGUCCUUACCGACGCUGCCCGGGCCGCUGGUGGGCGACGGCUUCCUGCUGCGCCUGUGGGACGGGGCCCGGGGCCAGGAGCGGCGGGAGAACGUCUCGUCCCCCCAGGCCCGCAGCACCCUCCUGACCGGACUCACACCUGGCACCAACUACCAGCUGGACGUGCGGCUGUACCACUGCACCCUCCUAGGCCCCGCCUCGCCCCCUGCCCGUGUGCUUCUGCCGCCCAGUGGGCCCCCAGCCCCCCGACACCUCCAUGCCCAGGCCCUCUCCGACUCCGCGAUCCAGCUGAGCUGGCAGCGUCCAGAGACUGUGGCCGGACCCAUCUCCAAGUACAUCGUGGAGGUGCAGGUGGCCGGGGGCUCAGGAGACCCUCAGUGGGUGGACGUGGCCAGGCCCGAGGAAACCAGCACAAUUGUCCACAACCUCAAUGCCAGUACGCGCUAUCUCUUCCGUGUGCGGGCCAGCGUCCAGGGCCCCGGGGAUUGGAGCAACACGGUGGAAGAGUCCACUCUGGGCAACGGGCCACAGAGUGAGGGCCCAGUCCAAGAGAUCCGGGCAGUGGAGGAAGGGCUGGAUCAGCAGCUGAUUCUGGCGGUGGUGGGCUCCGUGUCGGCCACCUGCCUCACCAUCCUGGCGGCCCUCUUAACCCUCGUGUGCAUCCGCCGGAGCUGUCUCCACCGCAGGCGCACCUUCACCUACCAGUCAGGCUCGGGCGAGGAGACCAUUUUGCAGUUCAGCUCAGGCACCUUGACGCUGACCCGGCGGCCGAAGCCCCAGCCCGAGCCCCUGAGCUACCCGGUGCUGGAGUGGGAGGACAUCACCUUCGAGGACCUCAUCGGGGAGGGCAACUUCGGCCAGGUCAUCCGUGCCAUGAUCAAGAAGGAUGGGCUCAAGAUGAACGCAGCCAUCAAGAUGCUAAAAGAGUAUGCCUCUGAAAAUGAUCAUCGUGACUUUGCGGGAGAACUGGAAGUUCUGUGCAAAUUAGGGCAUCACCCUAAUAUCAUCAACCUCUUGGGGGCCUGUGAGAACCGAGGUUACCUGUACAUCGCCAUUGAAUAUGCCCCCUAUGGGAACCUGCUGGAUUUUCUGCGCAAGAGUCGAGUCCUGGAAACAGACCCGGCUUUCGCGCGGGAGCACGGAACAGCCUCCACCCUCAGCUCCCGGCAGCUGCUGCGCUUCGCCAGCGAUGCUGCCAAUGGCAUGCAGUACCUGAGUGAGAAGCAGUUCAUCCACAGGGACCUGGCUGCCCGGAAUGUGCUGGUCGGAGAGAACCUGGCUUCCAAGAUCGCAGACUUCGGCCUUUCCCGAGGAGAGGAGGUCUACGUGAAGAAGACAAUGGGCCGACUCCCUGUGCGCUGGAUGGCCAUUGAGUCUCUCAACUACAGCAUCUACACCACCAAGAGUGACGUCUGGUCCUUUGGGGUCCUCCUCUGGGAGAUUGUGAGCCUCGGGGGCACACCCUACUGCGGCAUGACCUGUGCUGAGCUCUAUGAGAAGCUGCCACAGGGCUACCGCAUGGAGCAGCCUCGGAACUGUGAUGACGAAGUGUACGAGCUGAUGCGGCAGUGCUGGCGGGACCGGCCAUAUGAGCGGCCCCCCUUUGCCCAGAUCGCUCUGCAGUUGGGCCGCAUGCUGGAAGCCAGGAAGGCCUAUGUGAACAUGUCGCUGUUUGAGAACUUCACUUAUGCAGGCAUCGACGCAACCGCUGAGGAGGCCUGAGCUUCCCUCCGGCCCGAACCUGGCUCUGCUGGCCAGAGCGUCCACCCUCCGACUGUGACUCUCACCCUGGGGCCCGAGCAGCCUCUAGGACUGGUUUUAACUUAAGGAAAGAGGGGAUCCCGGGACGGGUGGGUUUAGGGGAGCUGGGUUCUCAUCCUUUGCACUUGCUCCCUGCCUCCUGCAGUUAUGCCUCUGAUACGCGUCCUUCCUUCUGGUUCUGCCCCUCCCUCAACGUGUCCCCUCCUGUGACCCCACACUUAACCUCUUGUGAGUCCCACACUCAAUCCCUCCACACGUCCACUUCUGUGACUCGCCUGUCUCAAGCCCCUACUUGAGCUCCUUCCCCCAUGCCAGCACUUACAGCACUAACGUGCCCUCAGUCCUUGCCCUGCCAGCCUUGUAAUCAGAACAAAUAAAAUGCUCUAAGAA